UUGCAUUCCGGAACUAUUAUCCUGUGGGACAUUGCUUAUAUCGUGACGUGGUUGGAGUGGCUAGAAAUAAACUACAUUUGUGAACGUUCUGUAGUUAUGGACUAAUUCAGUUGAUAUUUUAUUCUCAACAUAUGUCAAACAGUGCAGUCUUAUCUGGCAGGCAUUGAGACCUCUUGGCAUUGUGGUUGUUGUUGUUUUGAGGCUUCUGCGCGGGGACACGCCUAUCAUCCCUAGCCCUGUGACUCUCUGUCCCUGCGUCAUCAUGAAGCUGUACAGCCUCAGCGUCCUCCACAAAGGAGCGACUAAAUCCAACCUCCUUAAAUCUGCCUAUGACCUAUCCUCCUUUAGCUUCUUCCAACGCUCCAGUGUGCAAGAGUUCAUGACCUUCACCAGCGCCUUGAUUGUGGAGCGUUCUGCACACGGCAGCCGAGCCUCAGUCAAAGAACAAGAGUACCUGUGCCACGUGUAUGUGAGGAAUGACAGUCUGAGUGCAGUGGUGAUAGCAGACAGCGAGUACCCUCAAAGGGUCGCCUUCACACUACUAGACAAGGUGCUAGAGGAGUUCUCCAGACAAGUGGACAGCAUAGACUGGCCAUCUGGAAACCCCGAAACCAUCAACUACAAAGCUCUGGACAUCCACCUGGCCAAGUACCAGAACCCCAGAGAGGCAGAUGCUAUGACCAAAGUGCAGGCUGAACUGGACGAGACAAAGAUUAUUCUGCACAACACCAUGGAGUCUCUGUUGGAAAGAGGGGAGAAGCUGGAUGAUCUGGUGCAGAAGUCUGAACACCUGGGGAACCAGUCUAAAGCCUUUUAUAAGACUGCACGGAAGCAGAACUCAUGCUGCGAGGUCAUGUAAUGACUGUGAACCGUCCUCUUAGACACAUCUCUUGGCCUUUCUGCUCAUCCUACAACUCCCAUCAUGCCCCAGCCUCCAGGAGAUAGAAUGGCCUCUGUUCAGUCACUGGGAGGGCACAGAGGCAGUUGGGGGGGGGGGAUUGGCAGGGGAAAAUGAUUAAUUAUUAUAUUUAUUUGCUUCAUUGUAACCUCUCAAAAGGCAUUUUGAGGUGGUUCAUAGCCAGCCAGGACGUGUUCAAUAAUCAAUAACGUGUUGUUUGUGUCUUUGGUGGUUUGUUCUUUGAAAAAAGUCUUUAAGCGUUUCCUGAAUUUCAGACUGUAUCAGAAUCUUACGUUUUGAAGGAGGAGAGAUUAAGUUCUCAUGCUUGGCUUUAAAGCAACCCUGACAAUCUCGCUCUGUUCUAUGUAGUAACUCACAGCUAACGUUAAGCAAGAGACUUCUGGAACCCAGGAUCUGCUGGUGUUCUCGUAAAGGUCUUGUAGUGUCGUCGUAUUUUCUUUUCCCACUAGAUGGUGCUGUUUCCUCACAUUCGUAGUUCAGGUAUAUUCAGUUACAUAUUUAAAGGGCCUCUGUAUCCUGGAGGAAUUAUAUUCUAUGUAAUGUGAUUUGGGUGAGCAGUGGCUGUUUGUAACUGGGUCUGAGACAUCAGAACUCCGUGAUCAAAUUGCUCAUUUCCACAGAAUGGUUUAGGGUACUGAUUUAAUCGUAUUAAAUCAUGUUGUUUUUUUGUGGAGGCAUGUGAAAACUUUGAAACAUUUCCAGGUUUUUGAUUGGUAUUGCUCGUGCGGAUGGGCUUGUUAAACUAAAUUGGGUAGCCUGUACUUAGAACGCAGUGUGUAGUGAUGUCUAUGGACUCGUCUUGAGAUACUAAGCCUUAUUGAAUUAUGGGUUACAUUGAAGUCUUGCUGUGUAUGAGUAUGUGGUAUGAAAGGCAGGUCUUGCAGUGUCCUACUGGAGUUGCGCUGUAAUCCCUCCAAAGCUUUUUUAAAUUUUGUGUUUCACAACGUUAGCUAAACAAACCAGUGUUUCUUGUCUGGACCAAUGAUGUAUACAAAAACUGGAUUGUUGACGCUAUGUAUUGGCUAUUGAGAGGCUUUGAAGCCACUGGUUGGCCAUAUUGGUACUCCCCAGUAGGAGCAGUCCUCCAUAGGAAUGAUUGAAAUUCUACAGUAUUUCAAUUACAUUUUUCAAGGACAAAGUUACAUAUAUUUAAAUAUUGUUUUGUUGUAACAUUAGUAAUCUCUAAAAAAAUUAUACUUUUCAUUUGGUAUUUUUAUGUUUAGCUCACAUAAUUUAAAAGUAUGCAUUUAAGGUGUCUGUAGUAGAAUAAAUGUGGCAAAAACAAAUGUAGACAUUAAUAAAUGCAUUUCUAUAGAUUCCAAAAUAUUUUUUAUAAUGCUGGGGAGCGCCAAGAUGGAGACAUGCUGGCUUCAACACAGCGCCCCCUAUCAGUCAUGUAGUGUUUAUCUAAAUCAUUGGUCUGUCUGGAUGCAGUCUUAAGACAUGGUUCUCACAAUGAAUCAGCCAUCACCCACCCACCAAUGGGUUCUGAUCAUAGAGAUAGAUAUAGGACUCCUCUUUAUAGCUGUUUCAUUAUAGCGUCUGUCACAGCAUGGGCAGCGCCAUUGAGGCUGCAACCCGUAGGAAUCCCCACCCAGUUGACUACUUUAAAAUGGCAGAAGUAUAGUGGAAGCCCUCAAUGGCACUGCCAAUGCUAAAAUGGCAUUUUGGCCACCAGAGGCCUUUAUCAUUCUCAAUGGUUAUGAUCCACCAUAAGAGGCGAUUUAUGCUUGAUCAGAAAGUGUGGUCGGAAACUCCGUAUGGAGGGUGUGACAUAAUUGCAGAGCAUCCGGAGGCACACUGAGGCCAAAUUGAAUUCCGUACCGCAUUGCUGUGGGCCUCCCAAAUUUUUGAACAAUGCGAAGGGCACUGAGGUGGCAGGUAGCCUAGUGGUUAGAGCGUUGGAACAGUAACCGAAAGGUUGCUAGAUCGAAUCCCCGAGCGGACAAGGUAAGAAUCUUACGUUCUGCCCCCUAACAAGGCAGUUCCUAGGCCGUCAUUGAAAAUAAGAAUUUGUUCUUAACUGACUUGCCUAGUUAAAUAAAGGUUAAAUAAAAAUAUCUCUGCAUUGACAUGAUUGGUUGAUGCUAGGUAGUGGCGGGAAGUCCUGUAAAAAACACAAACUCACUUCCGCAAGUAUGAAUUGCCUGAUUUCUGCAGAGGCCGUAAAUGCUGCAUGGCCAUUGCAGAUGACGGAUUGACCAUGCAGCGCCGUUUAAGCUCUGACCCGUCAUGGACGUGCCUGCUCAGCUGUUACAUUGUUGCAACUUGAUUGACGAGGGACUAUUUGUAAAGAACAGUAUAGAACAGACAAGAUUCCCCUUUCAGCAUAACACUGAAUCAGGUGUGUUUGACAAACAUUUCUAUCAAAGCAUUCUGUUUCAUUUAACUGGCUCAGCUUUGUGUGAAAAACACACUCCAACAUCCCAGAUAGCACUCCUUAUAAUCAGUACCGUAACACACUCAUUUGGCUUUGGAUGGUUUUUCAUUGUGUUCCCAGACUCCAGAGGACGAGUUGUUGAACAAUGUGAGAUGGAGAGAGGCCUUUGAUAUUUCAGAUGUCGUUUAUCUUGCUGCUUUAUUUUGUGUCUUAUGACCUGAGUGUGUGUGCGUGUGUUUGUGAACGUCUGUGUGCAAAUACAUAAUUAGUCUGUGACCUGAACUGCUCUUAUUGCUUUAUGGCACAACUUCUGUGCAAUAGUAGGCUGACUACACUCCCCAUAAUGUUGGAUCUUAACCUGCUUCUCAGUUGAGUGGGGCAAACAGAUAGUUAACUUGACACCAGUGUUUCCAAUGAAGGACACUUUGAUGACUCUUGUACACUUAUGAUCAACUCCCCAAAUGAAGUAAGCCAAGGGUGAACAAAAAACAUUUGCUCUGAGGAAUUUUGUUCUGUAAAAGUCUAAGUUGUGCUGAAAACUUAAAUACUGUUACAAAUGCUGUUAAAGUUAAGCUGUAGCUAUUUAGUGAUUUGUUUCUCCACUUUAAAUAUCAUGUCUUAAUUGGGAGAGAGAUGUUCUGUAAUUUAUUUAGUUAAAUAGCACAUCAUGGAAUUGGAAGCAAACAUUGAAGAUGUUGUAUUAACAAAUAUUUUGGAGAUUUAUUUUGCUAAAACACUGUUUACAGAAGUUGUAAUAUUGCCUAGAUAAAAUACAAAAGGCCUUGAA